CUGGAGUUGCGUCAUGCGCACUCGAUGACGUACUUCUCCCCACCCCUAGUUACCGCCACCUCCGGCGGUGCGGUCGAGUUCCACAUAGCAACCGGUGACCAGAGGGAGGACCAGCAUGGACUCCAACUACCUGCGGGAUGUGCUGGGCUCGGGGCUGGCGGAGGGGCUGGCGGAGGUGGCUGAGCGGCGGCCCCUGGACCCCAUCGACUACCUGGCCCACUGGCUGUACAAGCACAAUGACAACUUGGAUAUACAGAGACAGGACAAGGAGGCAGAGGCUGAAAUGGGCAUGGAGAUAGAUGCCUACCUGAAGGAGCGGGUCAUCCAGGAGCAGCUCAAUGAGGAACUGGAGCAGAUGGAACAGCUGUACGUGGCCAAGCUGCUGAUAGAGGAGGCCGCUGCCGAGGCGCGGUCCCAUUCCACGCCGUCUACUCCCAAAGAAGUUACGGCCGCUGAAUGGAUGUCCCAGGAGUCGGGGAUGUUGGAGAGCUCGUCGAGUCUGGUGCCGCCUGGCUGGGAGGGAGAGCCCGAACUGGAGACCGUCACGGAGGGGGGGAGGGGGAAGGGAGGGAGGAGGGGGGAGGCAUUAGGAAGCCCCAGACAUCGGAGCAGGGAAAUCGCGUGGAAGUCGAAAGGCAAAGGAGGAGGGAUAGAAGGAUCUGGAAAACACGUACGGACCAAACCCUCCCCCCCUUCAUCGGAAAGAUUAAAGGGCGGCGACAGACCCGGAGGCGAGAAGGACGUGGAGGGGGUUGGAGGCGGCAGAGUGGAUACACAAACAAGAGGGGUGAAUCUGCGGUUAGUGACAGCCACGCCACGCAGAGGAGAACGGAACAUGCGAGUGGUGGGCGACGUGCAGGGGCUGGUAACUGGAUCUGCAGUAGACGGCAGGAACAGAAGUGGAGGAGCGUAG